UCCAGGUCUAGUCAAAGGUGGCAAUAUUAAUUUGUACUGCCUUUGUUGGUGUCGUUAAUUUUAAUGAUUCUCUUUUAUGAAACUAAAAUAAUUUUUUAAAUGCCGAUAUGAAUACAUUACAGUGCAGUUGCAGCUACAUGCUAGCACGUUUAUUUGCUGGUAGCGCAGGGAAAUGUUGCAACGUGAACAAAUGUAUUCCAAUUUAUUGAAUACAAUUUAUGGCAAGGCAACCAUACGAACAUGUGUUUUUUAAUUAAAUAUGCUAGUGGAAGCACAGAAUAGAGUAUAGUGUCAUAUAAAAGUAAAACGCACACGGCUCAGUAUCACGUAUGCGUUGUCAUCAGAACAUUUCCAUAACCACCAAGUCAUUUUUAAUCGGUCAUUUAAAAAUGUACUUGUUUACUCAGAAAUGGUCAGUUGCUCGUCUCAGCACCGCCUCUCUGACAGUAGCCUACAGGAAGAACACCUCUAGAGUAAUCGGCUAAACUUGUUAACGUUUGGUAGAUGGCAAGCUAGCUAGUAGGGGUUUACGUAGUCUAACGUUCAUGGACAGGAUAGAAACCGGGACAGUACACUAAACGCCCAUUAUAAUGACCGGCAACGUCGAUGGAUUUAUUUUGCGAAAGGUCGUAACGUCGUCACGAUGAAGAAAGGGCUGCAGCGUUAGAACGUCUGCUAGCUACUGUAGCUUGCAGUCGCGGAACAGAAACAACUAGACUGCGCUAGUCUACCUCACUAGCUGGCUAGCUAGUCUAGCUAGACUAAGUCAACAGCAUUGCUAGCAACUGGAUUCUGUUUUAUUUGCUUGUUAACCUUAGACUAACACAUUUGCUGGCAUUUCUAUCGUCAGUUAACAUGUCGCUAUCCGUUUAAUUAGCUGCCCAGAUCCAUCACCUAGGUACGUAGCUAGUUAGCAGUAGCACCAACUUUCAGAUGUACAGAUAGAUUUUUAUGCGUAUUGCUAACGUUGUAGUAACCAUGGAGACGCCCGAUUUACCUGUUGAGAUAAUUACGUACAUUCUGAGUUUCCUGCAAGUUCCAGACCGAAAAGAGGCCUCCAUGGUUUGCAGAAGUUGGUACAUUGCUAGCCAAGACUACCAGUUCCAGAAGAACGUCACAUUCAGGAUUCCGGCGUCGUGCUCUUCCCUGGACGUGAUCCGUGGGCUGGGCCGGCGGCCCCGCUGCGGCCUGGUCAUCAGCCACCUGGACGGCUCCAGGGCGUCGCGGGAGGUGCUGGCGGAGGUGGGGGCGUGCCUGGGCCCCCGUCUGGAGAGCCUGUCCCUGCCGGGGAGCAGCGUGACCGAGGCGUCCCUGCUGGGCCUGCUGCCCCGCCUCACCGCGCUGCGCCGGCUGUGCCUGCGCGGCACCGACAGCCUCUUCAUGUCCGGCGCCUUCCUGUCCCGGGACGAGAGCCGGCGGCAGGUGCGGGCGGCGCUGGCGCGGCUGGAGGAGCUGGACCUCUCGGACCUGCGCUACCUGUCCGACCUGACCUUCGACCGGCUCACCGGCUGCACGCCGCGGCUCCGCCGCCUGGCGCUGGCCGGCUGCCACGUGGCCUUCGAGUUCGACCCGUACCGCGGGCGCCCGGCGGGGCACCAGUCGUCGGCGCUGCUGUCGCUGCGGAGCGUGCGGGCGCUGAUGCAGGCGCAGGCCGCCACCCUGCGGGCGCUGGACCUGAGCGGGACCGGCGUCACGCCCGAGUCGCUCAGCUCGCUGGCCCGCGUGGACGGGCUCCGCCUCCUGGACCUGCGGCUCCGGGGCUGCAGGGAGGUGACGGACCGCGCGGUGGAGGCCCUGUGCCGCCACCAGCCCGCGCUGCGCACCCUGGACCUGGGCGCCUGCACCGAGCUCACCAGCAGGGCGGCGCUGGCCGUGGCCGCGGGCCUGGAGGACCUGCGGCACCUCCACCUGUCCCGCCUCGGCAGGCUGACGGACAGGGGGCAGGCGGAGCUGGCGGGGCUGAGGGACCUGCAGACGCUGGACCUCUCCGAGUGCCUCCACGUGAGCGGGACGGAGCUGGUGAAGGGGCUGUCCCGCCCGCAGGGCGGGGCACGCCUGGCCUCACUUAACCUCCGCGGCUGCGCCUACGUCAAGGACCUGACUGUGUUCUCAUUGGCCCAGCUGCUGGGCCCCAGUCUUCGUGUGCUCGACCUCACUUCCUGUCCGUACCUGACGGACCUGAGCGUGCGCGCCAUCGCCACCUACCUGCCCGGUCUGGUGGUGCUUCGACUGGGCUGGUGCAAGGAGAUCACGGACUGGGGCAUGCUGGGAAUGGUGGAGCCCACCAAAGAAUUCAACCCUGAAAAAGAGAUGGAGGACAAGGGCCCCAGCUUCACCCGCACGUUCGGGAACAUGGGGUUCUUCCGCCCCCCGCGCAUGCCGUUCGAGGAGAAGCCGCGGCUGGUGACGGAGGAGGACCUGGGCACGUUUCGGGGGCAGGAGGGGGCGUCCCUGCUGGCCCUCGGGGGGCUCCAGGAGCUGGACCUGUCGGCCUGCUGCAAGCUGACGGAUAGCAGCAUCACUCAGGUGCUGCGUUUCCCAGACCUGCGGAGGCUGUCCCUCGCCAUGCUGCCCGAGAUCGGCGACGAGAGCCUGGCGUCGGUGGCGUGGCACUGCCGCGGCCUCGCCAGCCUGUCCCUGUCCCACUGCCCGCGCAUCAGCGACCUGGGCGUGGCCCGCGCCGCCCCGCACCUGCACCGCCUGCGCCACCUGCAGCUGGCCUGCUGCGGCCUGCUGACCGACAGGUCCCUGGCUGUCCUUGCUCAGAACUGCAAGAACCUACAAACUCUGGACGUUUCCAUGUGCAAAGGCAUCACCAUAGCGGCAGUGGACCUCCUCCAAUCGCAGCUGCCCUUCCUGGAGAACGUCCACUGCAACUCUGUGGGCGGCGGCGAGAUGAACUUCACAUUUUGACGACGUGCCACGUCUGGAUGAGAGGACGGCAUCGCAGGUGUUACUGCAAAAAAAAAAAAACAAGAUCAGGUUAAAACCUAGUAUAUGGCUGGACCGAACCAGCCGACGUCACAGACAUGCGCUGUCUAACUUUAUCACUCACUCAGUCAGUCACAGACAUUCGCAUUUGUAGGGCUGGCCCCGCUGUUGCGGUCCAGCCAAAAGCAGAUCUGUAGCUUUAAGGAAUGGUAUUUCUGCAAACACUCCACAGCAGUGCUGGAUGGGAGUUGUAGUCCAGUGAUCGGGG